GCCAGAAGAAGGAGGAUGGAGGAGCAGCCGAAGGAGGGCGAGGCCGAGGGCGAGGAGCACUGGUUCUCUAAGUGGGAGCGCCAGUGCCUGGCCGAGGCUGAGCAGGAAGAGGAGUUGCACCCCGAUAUGCAGGAGGAGGCGACCCCUGAGGCGGCGGGGCUCAAGAGCGAGAAGCAGAAGCUGUGGCACCUCUUCCAGAACUCAGCUACCGCUGUGGCCCAGCUCUACAAGGAUACGGGGUGCCAACAGCCAGGACUCUCCUUGUGGGACCCCUUCCAGAGUGCGGCCAUGGCUGUGACCAGCCUCUACAAAGAGAGCGGGGAUGCCCACCAACGAAGUUUUGACCUGGGCGUCCAGGUUGGCAACCAUCGUCGCGUCAAAGAUGUGCUGGAAUGGGUGAAAAAGGGCCGGAGCACCAUUCUUCGAGAAGAUCUGAUUAGCUUCCUGUGUGGCAAGGUGCCCCCCGCGACUCCGCCGCCGCGCACCCCGAGGACGCCCCCGAAGCCACCCGCCGGAGCCCCCAGCCAGGCCGCGGCCACCGAAUCCGGCUCGUCGGUGGACGUUGACCUGCAGCCGUUCCACGAGGCCAUCGCCCUGCACGGCCUCAGCGGUGCCAUGGCCAGCAUCAGCGUGCAAUCUGGAGCGCCCGGCUCCCCGCCUCAAGGCAGCGGUGUGGCCGGCGACGGCCACCGAAGAAGUAGCUUCCUCGAGGACGACUCGAACCCCAUCGACUCCGAAGAAGUGGCCCUUCACCUGGACAGUGGGGGGACCCGCAAGCGCACCUCGGCCCAGUGUGGUGAUGGCGACACAGACUCCCCAACCCACAAGCGCAACCGAAUGAUCUAAACUGAUCUAAACCACCUCGUGGGUCGCCAGCCACCAUAUUGCUCGGCCAUCAACUUGCUCGUCAAAAGGGUUCUUGAGACUGUCUCUUCCUUCUCUAAGUUAAACAAAGAGUUCUAUCAGUUUGCCACAAAGAAACUUUAAAAGUAUACCAGGACAGGCAUCGUUAUGACUCUGACUUUCCCAAAAAUAUAAUACUAGCAGAGAACAAGUAUAAUGUAGUAGUUAGCAAGACCGUUUAAUGCAGAAGUAUCCGGUCAAGCGGGAGCUCGGUUUAUCUUGUUCACAGUUAUAUUUCUUAGCAUCUGGCUCAGUUGCUGGUGCUUAAUAAA